AUGUCCAGGGGGAAGGAGAAUGGGACAGGAGUCACCAAGUUCCUCCUGCUUGGCAUCACCAGUGACCCAGAGCAGCGGCAAGUCCUCUUCUGGCUCUUCCUGUGUAUGUACCUGGUCACCGUGGCCGGGAACACACUCAUUAUCCUCAUCAUCGGCUCCGAUCCCCACCGGCACACACCCUUGUACUUCUUCCUUACCAAUCUUGCUGACAUCUGCUUCACCACCAACCUGAUCCCCAAGCUGUUGGUCAGCCACGUAGCAGGAACAUGGACGAUCUCUUACCCCCACUGCCUGACCCAAAUGUACUUUCUCAUCUCCUUUGCCAACCUGGACACCUGUUUGCUGGCGGCCAUGGCACUGGACCGUUGCGUGGCCAUCUGCCACCCCCUACAGUACCACACCAUCAUCUCCCCCCAGCUCUGUAGGGGACUGACUACACUCAUGUGGACGUGCUCAGGCCUCAUCGCUCUGGUCCACACAUUCCUCAUGAACAGACUGACGUUCUGCUCCUCUGCCCGGGAGAUCGCACACUUCUACUGCGAGGCCUACCUGCUGAUGAAGAUUGCCUGCUCAGACACGCGGGUCAAUCAGCACGUGUUCCUGGGCGCCGUGGUCCUGUUUGUGGCCCCCUGUGCGCUCAUUGUGGUCUCCUACAUCCGCAUAGCUGCAGCUGUCCUCCAGAUCCCCUACACCCCAGGAAGGUGCAAAGCAUUUUCCGCGUGCAUCUCCCACCUGUCUGUGGUCACCCUGUUCUAUGGAACUGUCCUGAGGGUAUACAUACGACCCCCCAACUCCUUCUCAGCCCAGGACACAGUAGCAACCAUCAUGUAUACAGUGGUGACCCCCAUGCUAAACCCCUUCAUCUACAGCCUGAGGAACCAGGACAUGAAGAAGGCUGUAAGAAGACUCUUCAGCAGGGGCUCCGAAUCCUCUAAGCGGUGGUGA